UUUGACACCAACUUGACACAAAAGACAAUUAUAUUUAUAAAUCAUAAUAAGCAUCUCGUAUUUAUUAACGAAAAGACAUAUUACAUUUGAGGCUUCGGUUAUAUUUAUAAUUUUCGUUAUGUCUAUGUAUUAAAAUAAGCGUAUAAGAUGUUUGCCACAAUUAGAAGGAAACUAAAAUGGAGUACCACUAAGAGUACAGAGUGUAACAAAAAUGAAAAUUCUUUUUUAUUUGUGGCCUUUAUUGGCUUAUUCGAAGAUGUAUUAUUUUGGAAUAAAAUGUGGCUGUCCCUUUUGUUUAUAGUGUUUUUGAAUUUAUUUUUCUUCUUUUGCGUCCAUCAAGAAAUUAAUUUUUUGCAAUUCAUUUUCAAACUUACAAUUGUUGUAUUGGUUAUUGAUGCCCUUGAAACAUGGUUAAAAUAUAAACAUAGAACAACAUGUUUAAAAAAGUUAGCUAGCUGUGAUAUUACAAAGUUCAAUUCAGCUACAGUGCAGUUAAGUAAUUGGAUGAAUAAAAGAUGGCUUGAUUAUGUAUUCUUGCGCGAACGAAACCAUACCAAGGCAUUUUUGUUGCUACAGAUUAUUUUUGGAGUUGCGUUUUUUGUGUGUAAACAUAUCAGUGGAUACACAAUAAUGUAUUUUUUGACUAUGUUUAUAUGCUUCUCCAAAAAGUUACUACCACCUAUUGUGAGGCUAGUGAGAAAAAUACAACUGAAUACUGAAUCAGACCUAGAAUUAGAAUUAGAAGGACUAAUACCAGAAGCGUCUGAUGCAAAUAUGGAUUUAUUGUCUAUAGAGCAAGAUCAAAAUCAAAUAAUUGAUGAAAAACAAAGUUUAGAUUAUUGGAAACCAGAAGAUUUGGCAAUUGAAGAAGCUAGUGAUAGUUCUGAAACUAGUAGUUCCAUUGUUACUAAUCUAUCAAUGGAAAAAAUGCAAACAUUUGAAAAGGAUAUUGAAACUUCGGAUUCUAGUGAAGAUGAAUAUAUGCCACGGAUUAAACAACCAGAACCAUUGAGGGAAGAAUAUCGAUCCACUGCAGUGGUUGAACCAGCAAAUACAUGGAGUAAUGCUGCUUACAAUGUAUUUCAAAAUUUAGGUGGAGCAGUUGUUAAUAUGAUUUAUACAUCACAGGAUGAGAGAAGAAGGAAUAGAGUUUCCAGUAUUGAUUCAUCUGAUGGUUUUGAAAUGAUUGAUAAAAAUGAUAUUUUAUAAAAUUAAUGAAUACACAUUUCGUUGAUUUCAA